CCCAAGCCGGCAGUGGGGCAGGCUGGCUGUGAGAGCAGGUGGUGUGUCGCCGGCCGGCUGCCAUGGCUCAGCCUGGGCAGCCGCGGUCCUGGCUCCUGGGCAGCCCAAUGCCUGCCCCCGAUGUCCCUGAUGCCUGCCAGGGUUUGGCCUCUGCCGGGACCCCCUCCUGACCAGCCUUUCUUCCUGCUCCCGUUGUAGGGCUUGGGGAGCUGAACUUUCUGGGGGCACUUUCAUGCAGUGCCGGCUCCUCCGGGGCCUGGUGGGAACUCUUCUCACCCUCCUGGGUACGUGGCUCCUGACCCUGCGGUACCACUCCGGUCUGUCUCCUCAGGAGGGACGGGAGACCGUCAGGCUGAGCGCACCAAGCCCUGGGACCUCUGAUCUGCAGCUGCGUGAUGUGUUCAUCGCAGUGAAGACCACCCAGGCCUUCCAUCGUUCACGCCUGGAGCUACUGCUGGACACGUGGGUCUCCAGGACCAGGCAACAGACAUUUGUCUUCACCGACAGUCCAGAUGAAGACCUCCAGGAGAGACUGGGCUCCCACCUUGUGGUCACCAACUGCUCCGCCGAGCACAGCCAUCCAGCCCUGUCCUGCAAGAUGGCUGCUGAGCUGGACGCCUUCGUGGCCAGUAGCAGCAGGUGGUUCUGCCACGUGGACGACGACAACUACGUCAACCCAAGGGCGCUGCUGAGGCUGCUAAGUACUCUUCCUCAGACCCGUGACGUCUAUGUGGGCCGGCCCAGCCUCAACCGACCCAUCCGCGCCUCCGAGCCGCAGCCGCACAACCGCUCGAGGCUGGUCCAGUUCUGGUUCGCCACUGGUGGCGCUGGCUUCUGCAUCAACCGUAGAUUGGUUUUGAAGAUGACCCCAUGGGCCAGUGGCUCUCGCUUCGUGGACACGUCAGCUCUCAUCCGGCUGCCCGACGACUGCACGGUGGGCUACAUCAUUGAGUGCAAGCUGGGCGUCCGCCUGCAGCCCAGCCCCUUUUUCCACUCUCACCUGGAGACCCUGCAGCUGCUGGGGGCUACGCAACUCCCAAAACAGGUCACCCUCAGCUAUGGCGUCUUUGAAGGGAAGCUCAAUGUCAUUAAGCUACAGGGCCCCUUCUCCCCAGAAGAGGAUCCGUCCAGGUUUCGCUCCCUGCACUGCCUCCUGUACCCAGAGACACCCUGGUGUCCGCAGUUGACUGCCCCGUGAAUCCUGAGCCACCAGGCGGGUCUGGGCUAGGUUAGGCUAAGCUGAGUUGGGCUAGGUUAGGCUGGGCUG